AUGGACGUGAAUCAGGUCGCAGAGCUGGGAAAAUUCGUCGAGCAGUUGAAAUCAAAUCCUUCGAUUCUCCACGAUCCUUCUCUGAAUUUCUUCAAGGAAUAUCUCCAAAGUUUAGAAGCUCAAGUUCCCAAAGAGAAAACUGAAAAAGAUAACGAAGAUAAGGCAGAGACAAAACCCAGCUCCUCUCCUAAACAUGAUGAUGAUGAUGAAAUCAUCGAGUCUGAUGUUGAACUGGACAACUCUGAUGUAGUUGAACCAGACGAUGACCCUCCUCAGCCGAUGGGAGAUCCUACAGUUGAAGUGACAGAUGAAAAUAGGGAUGCUGCUCAGUUACUAAAGAAGGAAGCUUUAAGGGAAACCGUACGAGCAAAUUUUGACGAAGCUAUAGAUCAUCUAACGAAAGCCAUCAUGCUAGACCACACUUCUGCAAAUCUCUACGCCACUAGAGCUCAUCUGUUUGUAGCUAUUCAAAAGCCAAAUGCUGCAAUUCGCGAUGCGGAUAUGGCUUUACAGCUCAACCCUGAUUCAGCUCAGGGGUACAAAUCAAGAGGUGUUGCUAGGUCCUUUUUAGGCCAAUAUGAAGGCGCUGCGGCUGAUCUUCGUGAAGGAUCAAAAUUGGAUUACGAUGAGGAUAUAGAGUUGAAGCUUAAGAAGGUUGAACUUAAUGUAAAGAGAAUCGAAGAGCACCGCAGGAAAUAUCAACGUCUGAGAAAAGAAAAGGAACUCCAGAGGGCUGAACGCGAGAGACGAGAACAGCAAGAAGCUCAGGAACGAGAAGCUCUGUCUGCACUCAAGGACGGACAAGUGAUUAGCAUCCACUCAACAAGCGAGCUAGAAGCAAAGACAAAGACCGCAAAGAAGGUAUCUCGUCUGGUCAUCAUAUACUUCACAGCUGCAUGGUGUGGACCGUGCCGUUACAUGUCUCCUCUGUACUCGAACCUGGCCACGCAGCACCCGAAAGUGGUCUUCUUGAAAGUUGACAUAGACGAGGCCAAUGACGUGGCUGCUUCUUGGAACAUCAGCAGCGUCCCGACCUUUUGCUUCAUCAGAGAUGGCAAACAAGUGGACAAAGUUGUUGGAGCUGAUAAAGGUUCGCUUGAGCAGAAAAUUGCACUACACUCUUCUAAGUAG